AGUCGUUUAGAUUAAACAUGGAGGAAGCUGCUAGUGAGAAGUUUCUGUCAAGAAGACGUUCUGCUGCUUUGAAGGCUUUUAAAGUCAAAGAUGAACGUGUAGCAACUUUUAAAAAAGUAGCAGCAAUUUUACAAAAAUCUGAAACAGAUAGAACCGCAGAAGAAACGGGAAUACUUGUGUCUUGUAGUGAUGUAGUAAAAGAGGUUAAUUUAAGACAAGAGAAAAGACAUAGAGUAAAAGCAAGAUUAGAAGAAGUAGAAGAUGCACCAGAAAUAUUAGAAGAAAAGUGCAUAAGAUUAGCUGCAGCAAUUAGCAGGGCAACAUCACUCGCUAUUUAUACCGGUGCAGGUAUUAGUACUGCUGCUUCUAUCCCAGACUAUAGAGGAACUAAUGGUGUGUGGACUCGUUUGCAACAGGGAAAAGAUAUCGGAAAUCAUGAUCUUAGUCAAGCAGAACCAACAGUCACCCAUAUGGCUCUUUAUGCUUUAUACAAGGCAAGAGUUUUGAAACACAUAGUUUCUCAAAAUUGUGAUGGACUCCAUUUGCGAAGCGGGAUACCCCGCACACUUUUAUCCGAAGUUCAUGGCAAUAUGUAUAUAGAAGUUUGCAGAACGUGUAAACCUUACAGGGAAUAUUGGAGAUUAUUUGACGUUACUGAAAAAACAGCUCGAUAUUCUCACGGGACUGGAAGAUUAUGUCACAGGUGUAAUUCCGUUUUGCACGAUUCUAUUGUUCAUUUUGGUGAAAGAGGCAAUCUUCCUUGGCCAAUUAAUUGGAAUGGUGCGACAAGAGCAGCGAAGCAAGCAGACGUUAUAUUAUGUUUAGGUUCCAGUUUAAAGGUGUUAAAGAAGUAUCCAUGGUUGUGGCAAAUGGAUAGACCAAUUCACAAACGUCCAUCGUUGUACAUUGUAAAUUUACAAUGGACUCCAAAAGAUGAAAAUGCAGUUUUAAAAAUAAAUGGCAAGUGUGACGAAGUCAUGAAAAGAGUUAUGGUUCAUCUUGGAUUAGAAAUACCGCAAUAUGAUCGUACCAAAGAUCCAAUUUUUUUCCACGCUGUACGGCUCAGAAGCAAUGAACAACAAACAACAAGUCAACCCUGUCUGGAAGAACCAGCCAAUAUGACUCUAAAAGAAAUAGAUGAAAUUACUGACAAUUUUCACGAAGAUAUUGCAUCGGAAACCAAAGAGGAAGAUUGUGCUUCGCCGAUAAAAGUAACUGAACCAAUGUCUACGUAUUCAGCGCCAUUUUUUACCGCAUUACCAUUUUUGUCCAUGGGUUUACCAUUUCCACCAAUGUACAUGUGUCCUCAAUUAACACCAUUUUUUUAUUAUCCAUUUGUACAAGUACCCAAUAUGACUUCAGAUAUCGCAAAACCCAAGCCAACUUGUACCUUCUGUAUGGAGAACGAGGGGUCACUUACUUGUCUUUAUUACCAACGAGAUACCGAUAAUACUCGUUUAAUAGGAGCUGAGAGCAAGCAAAUGAAAGAUGCAAAAACAUUGGUAAUUCGUGCAGAUCCUCCAAUAGCGCCUAAAAAUCCCGGGUGGUUUGGUAAAGGAUACCGCAAAGGCAUGAAGAAAAAACGGUAGCAUUUACUCUUCUCGAUAUGGUAUAUGAUUUUCCUUUUUUCUGUUACUCUAUAAAUAUAUGACAUAAUAUAGUAUAUUAUUAUAUACUAUAAAACAAUAAUAAUAAUGUACGUGAAUAUAUAAUGUACGUAAAUGUUUGAUGCUUCCAUAUCAUAAUGGAAUCUGUAUACACAAUUUAACGUGUGUAGCAAUCUAAUUCCAGUAUUCAGAAUUUUAAUAAUUAAACGAAGAUUAUGAAACUGAAAACAAUGUUAAGCAUAAGUCAUUAUUCCUAUUUAGUAGUUACUUGAGUAUUUAAUUUCGAACGUAAGUUAAAAAGUGAGGUGACUGAUAAAUAUUUAAAUAUUUAUGUAAGUGUAAUUUGAAAAUUGUUAACUUAUAAGUAUUAUCGUUAUUUGUUUCUCGUGCAGUACACUUGAUUCCAAGUUUUUUACAUCAUUAACUAAUGAUGUUGUGAUCUUUUAAUUAUAAGAUUUUAUUUAAACAGCAUUGUAUGAAUUACGAUAAACUCAGAGCGACCAAAGUGAUAAUUUUUAAUUAUAUCUUUUUUUUACUAUUUUGUACUUUGUAUUUGUAUAGUCCGCUGUAUCAUACGAUU